UUUUAUCUUAUUUAAUGCACGGAUCCCUACAAAAUGGCAGCGCCCAUGAAAGUUCGCCGGCUUCUUUGCGCAAGAAAAUUCAACACAUUUUGCCGGUUUAUGCAUUCAAAGCAACAGAAUAAUGAAUCACAACAAAAAGAAACCCACUUUGGAUUUCAAAACAUCCCUGAAAAUGAAAAAGAAGACAAAGUUUAUGAAGUAUUUAAGAAUGUAGCCAGUAGCUAUGACUUGAUGAAUGAUGCUAUGAGUGCUGGUGUUCAUAGACUUUGGAAGGACCAUUUUAUCAGAAGGCUUGGUCCAACUCCUGGGACUAAAUUGUUGGAUGUAGCAGGAGGCACAGGUGACAUUGCAUUCAGGUUUUUAAAAUAUAUAGACAAUUUAAACAAAAAUGAAUCUGAUGACAUUUCUGUACCGAACCACAUUGAUGGAUUUCAGCUUCACCAGGAGGACCAAGAUUUAUCCUCAUCCUCUUCGUCAUCUUCAGAUGAGGAAGAUAAUCAUGUGACACACCAUGUGACAGUAUGUGAUAUAAAUCAGGAAAUGUUAGAUGUUGGAAGACAAAAGGCUGAAAGUUAUGGCAUAUGUUCAGGAAUGAGUUGGUUAAAGGGAAAUGCUGAAUGUUUGCAACUAGAAGAUAAUCAAUUUGAUGCAUACACCAUAGCAUUUGGUAUUAGAAACUGUACACAUGUAGACAAGGUUGUAGAAGAAGCAUACAGAGUACUGAAGCCAGGGGGAAGAUUUAUGUGCUUAGAAUUCAGUGAAGUCAAAAAUCCAUUGCUGAGAAGCUUGUAUGACAACUAUUCAUUUCAAGUUAUACCAGUAAUGGGACAAGUUUUAGCUAGGGACUGGAAAUCUUAUCAGUAUCUAGUGGAGAGUAUACGACAGUUUCCUAAUCAGGAAGAUUUCAGUGACAUUAUCAGAAAUGCAGGAUUUAGGAUGGUAUCAUAUGAAAAUUUAACUUUUGGUGUAGCUGCAAUUCAUUCUGGAUUUAAACUGUGAUUUAACGACUAUUAAAUAAAUUUACCUGUAUUUAUAAAUGAGAGUACAGGGAAUAAAGUAAUAAAUUAUUCUAUCUUAACAAAUAUUCAUGCUUUUACUACUGCUAUGACAGAUGAAUUUAUUAUUUUUAAUGGUUAAUUGGCUUUGAAAAGUC